AUGUGGGAGCUAGAGGAAAGGUUACUCAGAGUUGAGGCUGGCACCCCACCACUAGCGCAGAAUCCACUCUUUGUGGCACGACCUGGUCCAUUUACUGCCAGAAUUUUGCAAACCGUCAGACCCACAUAUGCCAAAACACCUAAGAUAGCCCAAUUUGGCGGAUCAACAGAUCUAUUCGUGCACAUGGACACUUUCAAGAAGGGUAAUUAUCAAGACAAGCGGCAAAAGGAUCAACAUUAUCAUAACAAGGGCAACAAAUCUUUUCACAAUGAUCGCCGCGACAAUCGCGACAACCGCCACAAUAAGCCCGCCAUAAGUGCUAAAAAAUUUGAGGUCUUGGCAGUCUUGACAGCGUCGUAUGAAGAAAUAUAUGAUCAGUGCAAGGAUCAAAUACAGCUACCACCCCCAAGAAAAUACCCCAAAGUAGGAAAACCUAGAAACACCGGCAAAUGGUGCAAACACCAUGAAGACAGUGGUCACAACACCAACGACUGCAAUGCCCUCAAGACUGCAAUUGAGUCAUUAUACGGUGAUGGAAAGCUGGAGCAGUUCAAGGUCCGACAACUGCCUCCGGUUGUCACCAAUAUCGAACCAAUGCGGCGGAUCAAUACCAUUGAUGGCGGUGCUUUCAUAGGCAGCCUAUCACACAGAGCAAGAAAGCGUUUUGAGCGCGCUAACCACCCAAAAGAGGUAUUCAAUAUCCGCUAUGACCGGUCAGCCAAAAUGGCCAAAACAGGUUGGGAGCCUAUCACUUUCUCCAAGGAGGAGGAGCGAGGUAUUCACUCACCUCAUAAUGACCUAUUCUUGAUAGAUGCUGUCCUCGACAAAUCGUCUGUAGGAAGGGUACUAGUGGAUAGCGGGUUAGCUGUCAACGUCAUAUUCAAUGGCUAUUACAAGCAACUGCAGCGCAACAACAAACUUUUGCAAGACCACGAGCCACUACUCAGUUUCUCCGGCGACGUGACCCAACGUAUGGGGUCAGAUUAUAUGCGCUUAUCGGUCGGGACAAUCCCUUGCACGGCGGAAAUACAUACUGAAUUCAUAGUGGUAGACUGCUUUAGCUCAUACAAAGCCAUUAUCGGUCGCCCAACUCUCAAGAAGCUGAAAUGCAUCAUCGCCGGGUACAUGUUACUCAUGAAGUUCCCAACACCCAACGGCACCGGGUCUGUUAGGGGAAGUCAGUCAAUUGCAUGA